GACCGAGGGACACACACUCUCACAUACCUGAGGAUGGCGCUACAUAACUACCCCAAACCAGACCUGGACAUAACCUUGCAGGAAGCAGGCCGGGUCCUCCAGCUGAUUAUGAGCCCUGACCUCUACAUGCAGUAUAAAAACACCCUUUCCGAGCAGAGGGAGAUCCUGCAGGAAGCCCAAAGAAAGCUGUCCGAUGCCUGCUUGAGCCGCGAGAAUUGGGUGACAGAGCAGUUCAAAGGUUACCUUCUGUCCUGUGACGACCCAAUCCCCACCUCCACCGUCAUGCCUGUCGUCCUGACUCAGUCGAAGGCCUGGAGAGAUGACACAUCCCUGGGUAGGGCGGCAGCGCUGGUGCAUGCCAUGGCCAAGCUGUACAGCGAACCCUUGGCUGAGGGAGAGGUGCCAGAGGAGCGCACGCAGCAGUCAGAAAUGUUCGCUUCCAGCCGACUCCCUGGAAAGAAACAAGAUGAGAUUAAGCUCUACCCAGACAGUCUUCAUGCCAUCCUUACCUGCCGAACGGGGGUGUAUCCUAUUCAGAUACUGCACAAGCCCCGUGCAGGAGCCCCUCUCACAGCCCUGCCUCUGGGGGAUAUAUACCAUCAGCUGGAGCUCGUCAAUAACCAGCCCGCCACGGGCAAAGACCACGAUGCCUCCGCUAUCUGUAGCCUCUCCUCCCUGCCCCGUAGGGACUGGUACGGUGUGAGGGAGCAGAUCUUGAAGAAGGGAGGGCCAACUGCAGACUCCCUGAACCUCAUGGAGAGCGCGGUACUGGCGCUCUCCCUGGAAGAUGGACCGGCACCACCUGACAUGGCAAGCACCCUCAAUGCUGUCAAACUCGGGGCCAAGGGGUGGAGCUGUCUGAGGUAUUAUGACAAGGUGAUUAACGUGGUGGUGUUCAAAGAUAACACAGCAGGCUUGGUGUUUGAACAUACUGUUGUAGAUGGAACGGUGGGUUUGCUUGUGACUGACUGUGUCUUUAAUCUGUCAGAGUCACAGAGUAGAAGCCUUAUCCAUGCCCAGACAGUGAACAAAUCUGCAGCUCUUGACGCUAACUUGAAAAGUCCCAAACCCUUAACAUUUCAGCUGGAGGGUAUUGUCAUGCCAAGUCAACCUGCCGGCACAUCUACCCCAGAAACUCCCCCUAUUCUCACUUUUGAAAUGCCUUUUUGUUCUGAUGCUCUCGCCAUCCUAAGGAGUCAACGAGGCGUUUAUGAUGCCUGGAUCACCUUCUCCCUGCAGCUAGCCUUGAGACAAACGCUUGGAGAAUCAGCUGAAAAACACAUCCUUGUCACCCCCACCCACAUGCUCCACUUCAAACAUGGCCGCUGUGAUCCCACCUACUCCUUCACAACCAGUUCUCGGCAGUUAGUAAGUGCACUGGCUGCUUGCAUCGGUCCAGAUGGGAACCCUCCGUACACCAAGGAGCUCAUUGGCCUGUUCCACCUGGCUCUGCUAGAGCACAAGAAUCUCAUCAAAGCCACGAAGAGUGGCCAAGGUGUGGGGCCUCACUUGGGGGUCUUGCGUCAUUCCGUGUCCCCAAACAAUCCCCUGAGGAAGUUUCUUGAUCUUUUUGGAUGUCCGUCUGUGUACCUCACAGGGUGGAAACUAACAGAGGGAGUGGAAUGUGGAGUUGGAAAUGUGUACGCUCGUGACCAGCUAGCUGUUACCUACGUUGGGAAGAAAGACCGGGUUCGCAUUGUCAUGAAUGGAAAAGGUAGCUUUGCAAGUGUAUUGGACAAACUUCAUUCAAACCUGCAAGUAACACUGAAACAAGUCGUGCUCCUGGCCCUUAGAUAUGCAAUGGCCGGUCAGAUGGGGGCUCUUGAGUGUAUUCUGCAGGGGAAAGAUGAACGGAAAAUGAAUGGAGACGCAGUGGCUAACAUUUGCGUAGAUGAAUCCGGAAAGUCUACCCAAUCCGCUGAGAUGAAGCCUGGCUUCACAUUGCUGAUUCAUGGUGGAGCUGGUGAGAGUUUGCCAAUGAAUCAGAGCGUGGUGGACGUCCUUGAGUUUGCCCUUGAAACUGCCCUGAGCCUUGGGGCACAAGUACUGAGAAAAGGAGGGAGCAGCUUGGACGCUGUGGAGAGAAGUGUGGUGGCCCUGGAGGACUGCUUUUUCUUCAAUGCAGGCAAAGGUGCGGUCUACAACAAAGAUGGCCAACAUGAGCUGGAGGCCUCCAUAGUGGACGGCAAUGGGAGCAACUCAGGAUCAGUUGCCUGUUUGUGCACAGUGAAAAACCCGGUGAAGGCAGCCAGACAAGUCAUGGAGAAAAGUGAGCAUUCACUUCUCAUUGGAGACGGGGCUGAGGAGUUUCUGCAUGGACUGCCUAAGAAGGACAGGAACAAGCCUGUGGGACCUGAGUACUUCCAGACGGACAUACGCCGUAGGCAGCUGGACAUCAAGCUUAACAGCAUCCAAUCCACCAAGGACAAUCAUCCACAAACUGUGGGAGCAAUUGCCCUAGAUAGGUGGGGUAAACUGGCAGCUGCAACCUCUACUGGUGGACUAGUGGGCAAGUUAAAGGGCAGAGUGGGCGACACGGCUGUGAUGGGCGCAGGAAUAUAUGCUGACGAGAAGGUAGCAGUGACGUGUUCGGGUGAUGGUGAUGUUUUCCUCAGGCAAACAGUUGCUCAAAGAGUCGCUAGUCUGUACAGUCAUAAAGGAUACACACUCAGACAGGCCUGUCAGGAGGUGAUCUCUGAGAACCUAAAAGGCUGCCAAGCUGGAAUCAUUGCAGUGGAUCACAAAGGUGAAGCUGUGAUUGAAACAAAUGCAGGGGUCAUGUUUGUAGCGUCAAUGGUCAAUGACACAAUUCGUGCAGAAGUGUUUAGACCAGCAGUGAACUUCUCCAAUGUAAUCUGGGAGACUGAUGAACUGGUGGCUUACUUACAACCUGAGCCAUGGACUCCUGGGGCCGCAGUCCUUACUUCCAAGUCUCUCAGUGGUCCCAACUGCAUUUUCCAGCUCACUGUUCCUAACUGUGUCACAAUGCUCCUGGGGGCUCGAAGAGUUGCGAACAUGCUAUGUGAACGACUUGGUGUACAACGUUGUGCUCUUGUGGUGCUUCCCCUGCCAGACCAGCCUGUCCAGAUCAAAGUGUUGCCUAUUCAUGGCCUUAAACCUACCUGGAGACCCCAUCUUGCUGAGGAGGAAGAGUUCAAUCACAACGAUCCAGGCUACUGUAGCUCUAAGAAUGGCCCACGUUGUGAAGAUGCUGAGCUUGAUAACAUCCAGGCCAAGAUUCGGGCCAAACUUCAAACACCUAAUGUGCCAUACUGCUACGACUUCCUGGGAGACCCUUCGCACAACAAUCUCUUCUCCCGAAUUGUGCGUGGUGAGGAGAAACAUUGGCGGGUGUGGGAGGACAACAGUCACGUGGCCUUCCUGACACCCUUCCCCAACACACCUGGAUUCACAGUUGUGGUGCCACGCAAACCACUCCCCAGUGACGUCUUCCGUCUAAAAGAGGAGGACUACACAGCCCUCAUCCUUGCCACCCGCAGCGUGGCACAGCUCUUGCAGGAAGGUAUGGGAGCCCGAGGAGUGGCUCUCAUUUUUGAGGGCUUUGAAAUUGAUUAUGCCCACACAAAACUUGUUCCCUUAGUGGCUUCACCUUGUCAGAAAUUCAACACCGUGCCACCACAGUUUUUUCAGACAUACCCAGGGUUUGUCACCUCGGCCAACGGCCCGGUAGCAUCACCAGAAGAGCUCAAAAAAGUCCACGCUCAGAUCACACGGAGCACAGCUCCAAGGUCAUGGGAAGAUCCUCAAAGCCAUGCCACACUAGCAAUAACCAACCAGUGGUAUCGCAAUCUCUUUCAGAUCCAGAACACCCUCUUCCACAGCACUGUAGAUUACUUCAACAACCUCUGUCAGUAUGCUUACGCUUUGACCCCCAUCACCACGGACACUAUCUCCUCCCCAAUGGGCCUGGGGUCUGACUCAGAGCCUGUGCUCAUCACCAUGCUGGGACAGGAAGUCCACUUGGCCGACUCCAUGCAGUUUGUUCUUGAAUAUUUUCUGCGGUUCCAAGAAGGUCUGCCUGGGGCCUACUAUGUGUCACCCAGUUUCAGGGGAGAAGAUCCCGAUGCCACACACUUAAACCAGUUCUACCACGUGGAAUGCGAACUCUUAGGUGACAUGGACGAUGCGAUUGCUGUGGCCGAGGGAUUUGUAGCUCACAUGACACAACAGAUGCUGAAGAAACACUCUCAGAUCGUCUUGAGCACGGCUGGCACUCUGUCCCACGCACAGGGCCUGCUAAAAAUGCUGGAGGGUGGGAAAGCCCUCCCAAGGGUCACCUUGGAACAAGCAAUCCCCAUGAUGCCAUCCCCAGACUGCCUGGAGUGGGUUCAAGAUGGCCAGCCUCAGUUUGGCAAAAAGCUCACUCGAAAAGGCGAGCGGGUCUUGAUUGAGAAAUAUGGCGGUGCUGUUUGGCUGACAGAAAUGGAUCACCUUGGAGUGCCGUUCUAUCAGGCAUAUGUAGAAGGCUCGGGAAGAUCCAAAGCCAAGGCUGCCGAUCUCCUGCUGGGACUGGGUGAGACUCUAGGCCUGGGGGAGCGCCACCCAACCUCGGAGAUGGUGCAGGAAGCGCUGCGGCACCACGCUGUUCCAGAAGAAUCUUACAAAUGGUACAUCGGCAUGCGGCAGGUCAUUCCCUUACGCACCAGCGGAUGGGGGAUGGGCACGGAGCGCUACUUAUGUUGGCUCCUUCAGCAUCAUGAUGUCAGAGACAUGCAUAUCAUACCUCGGAUGAAGGGCAAGAAAUACAUGCCUUAAACACAUGCCUUAAACACAUGCCUUAAACAUCGUUCUUAGCCAUUCAGGAAUCAGAGAGUUGAACAGGAUAGGUGACAAGAUAGUUGUUUCAUACAUAAAUCAUCAUGUAUUCAUUUUGCGCAUAAGUGCUUGGUCCUACGAAGAUAUAUAUUUCGGCACACUUUUGAAAAAAUUAGGAUGACCAUGAACAGGUGGAGAUAAGAUAGGAUGUCAUGUGUCAUUGGAUGAGACUAAAAGAGAUAGAAUAAACAGCUGUAAUCUUUUAAAGCGUUGACAGAAAAAUGUGCUAAAUGUGGGGGUUUGUGGAGGUUUUCUGCCAUUUUCAGAAUAUACAUGUAUUGUUUGAAGAGUAGUGUAGUAUCGUUUCGGAGGUUUUAACCACUUUAGGUGUAAUUGCUUGUCAUACAGUAUGGUUAGGAGGCAUUUUGGACACUUUCACACGUUUUUUUUUUUUUUUACACGUUUUGUUUAUUUUGAACACGUUUUGUUUAUUUUGUACAUGUUUCAGGAAGGUAGAAUGUGUGAGGUGAUGGAACAUUAAUUUAAUCCGCCUUCACACUGCACUGUUGCAUUCUGGAGCUGGUGCAAGUGGAGCUUGUGACAUUUGUGUCUUUAUUGACAAAAAAUUCUGUGUAUGUUAUAUAAUAGUAUACCAGCUGGAAGACCUGACUAAAAGUCAACCCAUUUUUCUCCAAUCAUCACAUUGCUUCAGGAGAAUGGUGGGGAGGGGUGUAUUUUAAUUGGCUGUUGAACUCAAAUACUUUGGCCAGAAUUGUGUUUAAGUCAUAAUUACCAUAUUGUAGGAAAUAGUGUAAAAGUUUUUUAAAAUGCUUUUUAAUGCUUGUUUUUAAUGCUCACCUAACUCAUUUUAUCUGGGUCGCCUUUGAUGUCUCCUUGCAUUGUUCUUUCUCUUGCCUUAUGUAUAGGUACACUACCUAUAUGAAGUGAUUGAGACCUGAGGUAGUAAUUAAAUAGUUGAAAAAUGAUCAAUUCUUUCCAGAAGCAGCUGAUGUUUAAUUUCUCAACUGUUAUACAUUAUGUUAUUGCUUUUGAAAAUAUAAUAAAAUAAAGAUCUUGUUUAAAA